UACAACUGCACUCCCACUGCUGCUCACGUUUUCUGACAGCUACUGAACUGCAGCUCCUCUGUCACACUUUGAAACGCUGUCUAUCUGCACAAGUAUUCGGACAUUUCCCAAGACUGCAAAUCCCGUCGUUCCGCAAACUGUUUGUAUCGUAUUUACCGGGGACGGUCGGUAAAAGGCGGAACCGAGUGUCCCUUGACUGACCACAGGGGCCAUGGCCUUCCUUGGGAGCGCAGUUCGGAGGGUGGUCUCUGCAGUGCGGCCCCCUCUCUCUCCAUUGAGCCGGACAACAGCUCGAUCUUACAGCUCAGAGCCCACCUCGGAAAAAAGUGUUCCCUAUGAGAAGACACUCAAACAAGAGGUUGGCAAAUCCUCUGGACCAACAAAGCCUUUACCCAAGUCAGCAGAAGCAGUGGUGAUCGGAGGAGGCAGUCUGGGCUGUCAGACCAUCUACCACCUGGCUAAGAUGGGGAUGACCAACGUAGUUCUGCUGGAGAGAGACAGACUGACUUCUGGCACCACCUGGCACACUGCAGGCCUGCUGUGGCAGCUCCGUCCCAGUGAUGUUGAGGUGGAGCUCUUAGCCCACACCAGAAAUGUGAUCAGCAAAGACCUGGAGGAGGAGACGGGCCUCCACACGGGCUGGAUCGAGAACGGAGGACUCUUCAUUGCCUCCAACAAACAAAGGCUGGACGAGUACAAGCGCCUCAUGUCGCUGGGUAAAGUUUAUGGUAUCGAGUCCCAUGUUCUGUCACCGGCGGAGACCAAGGACCUGUACCCUCUGAUGAACGUUGAUGAUCUGUAUGGAACCCUGUAUGUACCUAAAGAUGGCACCAUGGACCCAGCAGGCACCUGCACCACCCUGUCCAGAGCGGCCACCGCUAGGGGGGCCACGGUGAUUGAGAACUGCCCUGUGAGUGGUAUCCAAGUGCGGACUGAUGACCUCGGUGUUAAGAGGGUGAAGGCAGUGGAGACCCCUUAUGGGACCAUUGAGACAUCUUGUGUGGUAAACUGUGCAGGUGUGUGGGCCCCCAAGCUGGGAGAGAUGGCUGGAGUAAAGGUUCCUCUUGUUGCGAUGCAUCAUGCCUAUGUGGUGACAGAGAGAAUUGAAGGCAUACAGUUGCAGGAACAUGCCGAAUGUCAGGGGACCAUGAUGCAUCAGUGUACCUGCGCUCCAAGGCGGCGCAUCAUCUACUCUCAGGCCGUCGCUGUGUCACUGUCCAAUCGGUGCUGGAGCUGCAGGUCCGAGUCUAGUCCUGAAGCUCAGCACACUUUGGACAGUGACACCAGGACGGGACUGAGAGUGUCCGAUAACUUUGUCUUCAGCCUGUUUGACCUGGACUGGGAUGUAUUCACUCAACAUAUUGAGGGUGCCAUCAACAGAGUUCCUGCUCUGGAGCAGACUGGCAUCAAGUCCACCGUCUGUGGACCAGAGUCAUUCACAGCCGACCAUAAGCCUCUGAUGGGAGAGGCCCCGGAGGUCAGAGGGUUCUUCUUGGGCUGCGGCUUCAACAGCGCUGGCAUGAUGCUGGGAGGUGGUUGUGGACAAGAGCUGGCUCACUGGAUCAUACAUGGCCGCCCUGAGAAGGAUAUGUACGGUUAUGACAUCAGGCGUUUCCAUAACUCGCUGACAAACAACCCAAAGUGGAUCAGAGAGAGAAGCCACGAGUCGUACGCUAAAAACUACUCUGUGGUGUUCCCAUUUGAUGAGCCGCUGGCCAGCCGCAACAUGAGGAAGGAUCCUUUUCAUCAGGUGCUGACGGAGCAGGGCUGUGUGUUCCAGGAGAGGCACGGCUGGGAGAGACCUGGCUGGUUCAACAAAGAUGGGGCUGCUCCUGUUAAAGACUACGAUUACUAUGGGGCUUAUGAAGUUAAGAAGAAUGAAAACUACAAAUACAACGAGUUGCUGGGCAAAGAGUACACCUUUGACUUCCCUCCGCAUCAUGAAGUGAUUAAGAGUGAGUGCCUCACGUGCAGAAAUGGCGUGGUGGUGUUCGACAUGUCCUACUUUGGAAAGUUCUAUCUGACUGGACCAGAUGCCAAGAAGGCAGCUGAUUGGCUGUUCACGGCUGAUGUCAACAAGAAGUCGGGCUCCACUGUGUAUACCUGCAUGCUGAAUAAGGGAGGAGGGACGGAGGCUGACCUGACGGUGAGCAGACUGGAGCCUGGUGCCGCCAACAUGCCCCUGGCCCCACAGUCCAAUGGUGAUGUAUACUACCUGGCCAUUGGAGGAGGCGUGGCAGAACACAACUGGAACCACAUCAGAACCGUUCUUCAGGAUGAAGGCUUCAACUGCCAGCUAACGGACCACUCUGAGGACAUGGGGAUGAUCAGCAUCCAGGGACCCAAGAGUCGAGAGGUGCUGCAGGAGGUGUUGGACGCCGACCUGAGCAACGAAGCUUUCCCCUUCUCCACCCACAAAGUUGUCAGCGCAGCAGGGCAUCAGGUGCGGGCGAUGCGUCUGUCGUUUGUCGGAGAGCUCGGCUGGGAGCUGCACAUACCCAAAGACUCUUGCCUUCCGGUCUACCAUGCUGUCAUGGCUGCUGGGGCAAAGCACGGCAUCAUCAACUCAGGCUACAGGGCCAUAGACUCACUCAGCAUAGAGAAAGGCUACAGGCAUUGGCACGCAGACCUUCGCCCCGAUGACACACCCCUUGAGUCAGGGUUAGGCUUCACCUGCAAAAUGAAGAGCUCCAUCCCAUUCCAGGGCCGUGAUAGGCUGGAGAAACAGAAGGAGGAGGGGCUGAGGAGGCGCAUCGUCUGCUUCACCAUUGAUGAAAAAGUACCCAUGUUUGGUUUGGAAGCAGUUCACCGUAACGGCACUCCUGUUGGUCACCUACGUCGUUCAGACUAUGGCUUCUUUAUCGACAAAACUAUCGGAUAUGGAUAUAUCCGCAACCCUGAUGGAGGAGUGGUGAGUGCCGAUUUCAUAAAGAGCGGCGAGUUUACCCUGGAGAAGAUGGGAGUGACGUACAAGGCCAAGGCCCAUCUUAAAUCUCCAUUUGACCCUCAGAACAAACGCGUCAAGGGCAUCUAUGAUUGAGAAGGACCACACAUGUGAAAACUGAAGAAAACACACUGGUUGGAGAAGUGCAGUUUACAAAUAUUAUGCAUUAUAGCUUAGAUUAAAUGUGAUAGGAAAUAACUGGUGGGGAUAAAAUAAACUUUUUUAGGUCUAAAAUGUAAAUCAAAAUACAAAAGAGGUGCUAAUUUAGUUAUUCUUGUACAAAUGUUGAUUGUUAAGCUUUACAUUUUAAGCCUGCUCUGGGUUUAAGAGUAACACUUGUGAAUGCUCUCAUGUGAGAAAUAUUACUAUGAAGACAAACUAUUGAGGUGAACUAAAGUGUCUUUGCUCUAGUAAUCAAAGAUGUUUUUCCAGUACACCUGGAUAAGUCCCUCGCGUGAUCCUGCUAUCUUUGAAUAAGCCUGAGCUUUUUUCUGGAUCGCUUUUUAAUUACUAAAAUAACCUCACGUGAUUAGGUCGUUUUUAAAAAUAGAAACUAAACUGAACAAUAUUUGCUCUUUUCAAACUAUCAGAAGUACGUUUUUAAGCCUUAACACUAGAUAACUCAGGGAAUCUAUUUACAUAGUUAAUACUGUGAAUUCUCUAUUGGCAGCACAAGCUUUGUGUACUGGUGCUAAAAAGUAAAUAACUUUAAAUAUUUAGGCAUGUAUAACUGUCAAGCUUUUCCCUUUUUUAAAAUGCUAUAUAUUAGAUAUUAAAAUAAAGAAUUUCAUUUAUCCUAUGAGGCCAUAUUGGGGAAUCAAAGUGUUUCCAAACCAUUCACAAGCCCUUCUGGCAGUUUGAGUCAGAUUACAGUGACUGAUGCUGUUGUUGACAACAGUGACUAAAACUGAUUUUCACUCUGUAGUAUGGUAUCUAAAUCUUAGGCAGACAAGAGUGUUUAUCAACAAAAAAAACCCUGAGGCAUAGUUUAUCCAGCCAGGGAGGAAACACUGCUGUAGAAAAGAAUACUGGAUAAAGACAAGUUAUCAGAAAGCAGCUCUUACAGAUAGAGCCUUUGAUUUCUGAGCCACCCCCUCCCCCCUCUCCGUCAUUGCUGUCCUCUUCUGCUCUAUACUGCCGUCGCUGCUGAUUGCAAACUCAAUUCUCUUAAGUUUGUUUCAUACCAAAUGCCAUUGUCAUUUAAAAAGAGUUAUCUUCCAAUCCAGGCGCUUAUUUGCUGUUGUUCUGCUGCUAAAUCAAACUCAACCAUUUGUACAUCUGCAUAAGGCGACAGCACAUUUACCAUCGCCUUGGCCUUUUAACAUUUCAAAAUGUGAUCUUGGUACAAUGGACUAGUGAGUUUGACAGGACUGUUUUGUAGAUUUCUUGUAAUUAAAAUGUACAUUUUGCUAAUACAACUAGCUUCAUCUGUCAUCUCACUCAGUCAUUUAGUGUAUGCCACAUGUAUACACUGUGUGUACUGUAUAGAUAUACACUGCUAACUAAUCAGCUAUUAUUUUAUUUGUCGCCAUUUCAUGGUUGUUGUAAGGAAAAGUCUUCAAAGUAAAACUGACAGAAAAAGAGAAAUCACCAGUCAAUCUCUUUGAUGGCAUAAUCAUGUCUUAAAUGCAAGUAUGUGCAGUAAUUCAAGAUACUAAUUCUGCUAGUUAUGUCUUAAGUCUAACAACAAAAAGAUUUUACAUUCAACACCUGUGCUUGUUUCCCCUUUCACUAACAGUUCAGGCCAAACAAGAAACACAUAGUGUGAACAGCACAUUAAUAAUUGUGUGAAAGCAGGAAGUCCUCUGUGUGUACAGUAUGGCUACUACUCGCCUCUCCAAUGUGUGUUGCUGCACGUUCAGCACAAAAUGUUUACUAAUGUGGAAUGAUUCAUUGAUUUCGCCCAGAAGGCCAUUAAUCAUUGAAAUGGUUGUUCUGUGCAGCGGCUUAGGUUAAUAACAAGAUUUAUUUGGGAAAUGUUAAACAGACUGACAGAAA